AUGGCCAAUUUGUACUAUCUAGACUUUUAUGAAUCUGUCUAUGAAGAUUUGGAGUCUUCAAUCGACGAGCAACAGGAAGAAUUUGCAACUUUUGGACAGGAUAGAAGACAUUCCGUUAUUCUUCGCACGAAGCUUUCUGUCAGAGUUCACGCCUGUAUUGAAAAACUUUACAAUACACGCGGCCGAGAACUUCGCCGCGCGCUCUUUUCCCUGAAACAAAUUUUCCAGGACGAUGAAGAGCUCGUACACGAGUUUGUGGCUCGAGAUGGUCUCACUUGCCUGGUCAAAGUCGGCGGCGAAGCCGACCAAAAUUAUCAAAAUUACAUUUUGCGUGCGCUGGGCCAGAUAAUGAUUUAUGUCGAUGGAAUGAAUCGUGUUGCCGAGCAUAUUGAUACUUUGAAGUGGCUUUAUUCGUUGUUGGCUAGUAGGGGCUUAGUGUUGAACAAUUGUUCGUUUAAAAAAGUUCAAUUUCGAAGCCAAGAAAAUCACCUGUUUCGCCUCGUCGUAAAGACGACCCUAAAACUGCUUGUCGUUUUUGUCGAAUUUUCGGACGCUAAUUGUGCCAAGCUGCUCGAAGCGAUACAGGCGAUUGACGAAGCUCAAGGGCAUAAAUUAUUUUUCAACGUGAUGAAAGUACUCGACGAGCAAGACGGCAUCGACUCUGAACUUUUGGUCUUUGCGAUGACUUUGAUCAACAAGACAAUGUAUGGCAUUCCGGAUCAGGACACAUUUUACGAUGUUGCCGAUGCGCUGGAAAUGCAAAACAUCGACAAAAUCCAGGAGCGAUACAGAAGCAAAAAAGGUUUAGACAAGAAAGGCGGGCGUAUGUAA